AUGACCCCAAAGCACGCUGGUGGAGCAGGCAAAGGAAGUUACCUCUACCUCCAAAACAAUCAGGUUGUUGAUGUGGAUAGAGAUUGGAAGCUGGUCCUUCUCCUUGCUCAGGUGGAUGAGCUCUGUGUCUGUGAUCAGCAGCAGGUUAGUUCUGUUAUUGCAGCCGUGGUUGAAGAGGUGGAUGAAGCUCUGCAGCUGCUGCACUCUCAGCUGAAGCGGACUAUUGUCAGUGUUGCAUUGUGGGAUGGAGAAAGUGACGGUUUCCACAACAAGAAGUGUCGCUGCAUGGAGAGUGAAGGAGAAGCCAGACUUCAGAGGGCCAUGCUGACUCAUGCUCUGCAGGAGUCUUUGGAUGAGCUCAUGGUUCAGAAGCGCUGGUACAGUGACAGAGAUGACUUCACCGUCAUUGUGCAGGAAGCACCUUUCAUCGCAGACCCUUCCUCUGUCUCUAGUGGGAAGCCUCUAUCUGUGUCACAAGCGUCAAAACACACUGAUAACCUGAUGGUGCAGAUGUGGACAAACCUGCUGCAGCCCACAAGUGACCAACAUAGCACAGAAGACAAAGAAAAACUCAUCAUGUUGCCAUGUCCAACUGAAGACCGGCCCUUCCUGAGGACGGAGGGAAACUCUCCUUCAUAUCAUCACAGCGAUGCAUCUCCUGGUCUUCACCCUUUUACAGGCACAGAGAUGCCCUGUGAGGACUUUAGCGCCUCACCCUCCCCACCCACCUCAGUCCAUGAACUCAGGCCUGGAGAUGUUCAAGUUGUGGCUGCAGUGGGAGACUCUCUGACAGCAGGCAACGGUAUCGCAUCGAGUAAGAACAACGUCCUGGACGUCCUGCGUCAGUACAGAGGUUUAUCCUGGAGUAUUGGUGGAGAAGAAAACCUCACCACUGUCACCACGCUGCCCAACAUCUUAAAAUAUUUCAACCAAAACCUGACGGGCUUCUCUGUUGGAAAGGGAAAACAGGAAACUUCUGAGUCUUUCCUCAACCAGGCCGUAGCAGGAGCAACGAGCAAUGACUUAUUACCCCAGGUGCGAGCCCUGGUUGCGAGGAUGAAAAAUGACUCUAGAAUCGAUUUUGAAUCAGAUUGGAAAGUAAUCACCCUUUUCAUUGGUGGAAAUGACGUCUGCAACCACUGCUCCAACUCCCUAUUUUACUCUGAAGAUAAUUUUAUUCGUAAUGUCCGAGUCAGCCUGGAUUAUCUUCACAAAGAGGUGCCCCGAGCUCUGGUGAACUUAAUAGAGACUCUCCAUAUUACCCCACUAAGAGAAAUGCACAUGGACAAAUCCCUUAAAUGCCCAACUUGGCUGGUCAAUAUUCUGUGUCCUUGUGUUAUCUUACCUAAACACAACUCUAAAGCUCUGCAAAUGGUAGAUGACAUCAACAGAGGCUAUCAGCGUUCACUGCGAGAGCUUGUGGAGUCAAAACAGUACGACACUCGCUCAGACUUCACUGUGGUCGUCCAACCUUUUUUCAGGCAACUCAUAUUCCCCAGACUGCCGGACGGUCGUGCUGAUCGCUCAUUCUUUAGUGCAGACUGCUUCCAUCUCAGCCAGAAGGCCCAGACGCAGAUGGCUCGCUCCCUCUGGAACAACAUGCUGGAACCUCUGGGCAAUAAGACAACCAUACAGGAUUUCACUGCAGACGUUGACCUGAAAUGUCCUACCAAGACAUCACCAUUCAUCCGGACCUAUAAUAACAGCAAUUACUUAUAUGCUGGUCCCUCUCCAACACCUGGACCUAUUCCGAACUGGGGAAGUAAUUUUUCCUGUGUGGACCUUGCUCCAUCCGACUCUGUGCCAACUUCUGUUCAUAAGCUGAGACCAGCUGACAUUAAAGUGGUGGCAGCACUGGGAGACUCUUUAACGGCAGGCAGUGGUGCUAAGGCAAAGAACCUGUUUGAGCUCAACAAAGAAUACAAAGGAGUAUCAUGGAGCAUUGGAGGUGAUGCUUCUUUGGAGACAGUCACAACAUUACCAAACAUCUUGAAGAUGUUUAACCCCACUUUAAAGGGAUUCUCCAAAGGCCAGGGCUCCAGACGGAAGGCCUUCAACAUGGCUGUAGCUGGAGCUAAGACCUCAGAGAUCCCAAUGCAAGUCCAAGCCCUCAUCAAGGCCAUGAAAGAAAACAAGGGGGUGAAUUUUGAAAAGGACUGGAAACUUGCGACAAUAUUUGUUGGAGGGAAUGAUCUUUGCCAUUACUGUAUAGACCAAAAUAAUCUGUCACCCACGAACUACAGCCAACAUCUCAUGCGCGGUUUGGACAUGUUUUACAAAGAGGUACCGAGGCUGCUGGUUAACGUUGUGCCGAUCUUACAGAUAGAUACAUUGAAAUCAGUGAAGAGGAACACACUUGGCUGUUCGCUCUUGCAGAGAACCAGCUGUCCCUGUGUCAUCAAUCCAUCUGAAAACUCCCCAGAGCUUGAAGAGAUGAAACGAAUCAAUCUCGAGUAUCAGGCUGAAAUCCAGCAUCUUAUCUCCGGAGAUCACUUUGAGGGAAAAGAAGACUUUGCUGUCGUCCUUCAACCCUUUUUAGAGCAUUUCUUCAUCCCGUAUAUUGGAGAGGGUGAGGUUGACACGAGUUUCUUCUCUGUGGACUGUUUCCACAUGAGUGAGCGAGCUCAUGCUGAGAUGGCCGUAGCUUUGUGGAAUAACAUGUUGGAGCCCGUUGGAAGAAAGCAAAACUACAACAACUUCACAUAUGACCGAUCGAAAAUGAACUGUCCCUCUGAGGCGAAUCCUUUCCUCUUCACUAAGAUCAACAGCCUACCAAGUCCCGCAGUGACCGUCCCCCCCUCCACCAACCCCACCUCCACUGCUGUACCAACACUUCCUGUUUCCAGGUGCCUCCCCUCUUUGCCUGUGUGGGUGCCAGUGGUUGUGGGAGUCAUCAGUUUGCUGGCUGGCGUGUUUGUCACCUGGCUAAUUCUCUCCAGCUGUGUGCGUCGGAAAAACAAAGUGGAGAAAGCAGUGGAAUUGAAAGGAACUGGUUUUUAAUGCAGUUGUUGUCAUAUAGCGGUAUUUAAAUGUCACCUAUUAUGCAAAAUCCACCUUUUCAUGUCUCUUCUACAU